AUGAAUACAACAGGGCGUAGUGAAGGCACUAAUUCUUUUUUCGAUGACUUUGUUACAUCAACUACCAAUCUAAGAGAAUUUGUUGUCAAGUAUGAACAAGCCUUGCAAAAGAUUGUUACAAGGGAAAGUAGCGAAGAUUUUACAUCAGAGCAUAAAUAUCGUAUUGUGAAUGAUGAUGACUUUCUUUUGAAACAUGCAGCACAUGUGUAUACCAGAAAUAUAUUUGAAAAAUUCAAGAGUGAAUGGACUAGAGUCAAACGGAUUAAAGUUGAAGAAAGGGGUUCUGACGAUCAGUUUCAUAGAUACUCCGUGAUGAAGAAAAUCAAUAACUCGCAAGAGUUUUUGGUGGAGUUGAAUUUACAAACACAUGAAGGUAAAUGUGAAUGCCAAAAUUUUGAAUUUGUGGGAAUAAUUUGCCGACAUAUUAUGAAAGUAUUUGUUCGUCAAGACAUUGAUGCAAUACCAUCCCAUUUUAUUCUUCCGAGAUGGAGACAAGGAGCAAAUAAGUUUAGAGUCACAGAUUCUGAAGCCUUGGUACAUAAUGAUGGUAAGGAACAAUCAGAAGCAUUGAGAUUUAGUCACAUGUGUCGUAGAGCCACUCAACUAGCUUGCUAUGCUGCUCCCUCUGAUGAGGCCUACCUAAUUUACAUGGAUGGUUUAGAUGAAUUGUCAAAAAAAAAUUCAGAGGUUAAUAAGGUGUCACAAGAAGAUGUUAUGGAGUCUCACGAUAAUGCUUUCCAAGAUGAAGCAGCAAAUAUAUGUACCAGUAAGUCUUCUGAGCCAUUGCUUUUGGAUCCAAAUAUCUUAAAGACCAAGGGCAGAAAGAAGGAUAUGGAUGAGAAUAACAGAAGAGUAACAAAAAGUUCUAAGAGGAUAAAAGAUGACAUGGAGUUGGCUCAAAGCAAGAAGAGAAAGUGUACAAUGUGCCAACAACCAGGACAUAACAGGCUCACUUGCCCUUUAAAUUCAGCUGCAAAAAGAAAAACGGUUGUUUCUACAAAUCAAGGGAGUCAAAAUAUGCAAGAGUUGCCCGCAGUUUCGGACAAGGAAGAUUCCGACGAGGAAGAUUCAGACAAUAACCAUGAAGAAUAA